CGUUCGAGAACCAGAAACAAGGGACAAAACAUGGCAGAGAGCAACGGAUCGGCUCAAAGAUCGUUCGAUUUGAUAGAUUCCGCGGUGUUCGCGGGAAUGUUGGGAAUUUCUGCGAUCGUCGGGGUCUAUCAAGCGUACAAAUCGAGAAAAAACGCGGACGCGGUUCGGGAAUAUUUAGUGGGUGGGCAGAACAUGUCGAUCUUUCCCAUAAGUAUGUCUCUGAUAGCCAGCUACAUAUCGGGAAUAGCGAUUCUUGGACUACCUGCCGAGAUGUAUGUCUACGGGACGCAAUUCUGGUGCGUGGUGAUCGCAGAUUCGUUCGUCUCCCUGACGAUGGCCAUCAUCUAUCUGCCUGUUUUCUACGGCCUCGGGAUCACAUCGUCUUACGAGUAUCUGAAGCUGAGAUUCAACGACGCCGUUCGUCUGAUGGGUUCAGUUAUAUUUCUAAUCAAAAUGCUACUCUACAUCCCACUGGUGAUAUACGUUCCCGCGCUAGCGUUCAAUCAAGUUACAGGCAUAAAUCUUCACGCGAUCGCUCUGUUGGUCUGCGCGGUGUGCAUAUUUUAUACGACCUUGGGCGGCUUGAAAGCUGUCGUCUGGACGGACGCUAUUCAGACGAUCGUGAUGUUCGGGGGCGUGAUUGUCGUCGCCGUUCUCGGAACGAAUCGAGUGGGCGGAAUCGAUCGCGUCUGGGAAAGAAAUCGCGCUACUGGCAGAAUCGAAUUUUUCGACAUGAGUCCGGAUCCAACGACGCGACACACCUUUUGGUCGGUGGUCGUUGGCAAUUACUUGAACUGGUUGGCGACCUGUUCCGUGAAUCAAUCGAUGGUACAGCGAUGUUUGGCGAUGCCAAACUUGAAAAAGGCGAACGCAACGAUCGCGAUAAUGGCGAUUGGUAUAAUGAGCAUCGUCUCGUUGAGCUGCUACACCGGUAUCGUCGUCUUCGCGGCAUUUUACGACUGCGAUCCCGUCAUAACCAAGCAAAUAAACAAACCGGACCAACUGUUGCCAUUUUUCGUGAUGCAAAUGGCAGACUCGAUCCCGGGUUUGCCAGGACUGUUCGUCGCCGGGGUAUUCAGCGCCGCACUCAGCACCAUGUCCACCGGUCUAAACUCCAUGUCUGGGGUCAUAUACGAAGACAUGAUAAAACCCUGCCUGCGGGAUCCCAUUUCGGAAGUAGCGGCCAGUCGAAUCAUGAAAAUCAUGGUAGUCGUGAUCGGCACCGUCUGCGUGGCGUUUGUUUUCCUAGUGGAGAAACUAGGUGGACUCAUUCAGGUAGAGUCGUCGUCUUCUUACCCAUUUCACGCUAUUAUCCCUCUGGUUUUUCGCAUCAAUCGAAUCAUGUCCAAACCUUUCCCCACGAUUCAUCUUUUUUUUCCUUUCCUCUCGCAGGCUGGUAAGAGUUUGUCGGGGAUAACGGCAGGUCCGUUGCUCGGAAUGUUCACUCUUGGCAUGUUUUUCCCCGUCGCCAAUUCUGCGGGAGCUCUGGUUGGCGGACUGGUUAGCUUGAACCUUGUCGCUUGGAUCUCAUUUGGUACACAGGCAGCCAUCUCCAGCGGAGAGAUCGCGUUUCCUGUAAAACCAGUGUCCGUCGACGGUUGCCCAGAAUCCCUCAAGAAUCGUGCCAUCAAUUUCACCGUCAUUCUCGAAACUGCGAUAAAAGAACAACCAUUCAUCCUGUAUCGGAUAUCUUACCUCUGGUACACCUGGGUCGGAUUUUUGACCGCGAUUCUAGUCGGACUGCUCGUCUCUUGGAUUACCGGCGUCAACAAACGGAAGCCAGGCGAUGAGAAAUUGUACACGCCGAUAAUACACGGCUUCCUUCGGUCAAAAGUGGCCGCCGUAUCUAAUCGACAGGACACCACGGAACUCGGAAAACUUGGAACAGACACGUCGAUCCAUUAACGAGUGUAGUCGAGCCGAAAAGAACAUCGACCCCUUCCAACGCAAUUACCGCGAACAAAAACUCAAAACAGGAUAAAAUAUUACCGGGCAGCCGUUAGACAGACAACAUCGAAAUAGUACAACCAUACAUAUCUAUAUAUGAAUAAGAUCUAUACAUAUAUAUAUACACACACACACAGAAACAAACACACACGCAUACAUGUAUUUGCGCGCAUACAUACAUACAUACAUACAUACAUACAUACAUACAUACAUACUCUUUCAAAUUGAAAUUAUAACGUGUUAAACGAUUGCAAAUGUGGUGG